AUGAGUGAUGCACAUCAUUCUCAAGUUUUACCCGAUAAUACCGAGUUGCUGAUAUUGGAACAGAGUUUCGAAUGGCCUGUAGCGAGGGCGCCGGACGCCGAAGAAACGCUACGAAUCGAGCUCCGUUCUCGAGGAAGAUGUGGAGCAGGCAGGACCAUAGGCUCCUUAGAUCUAAUUCCUUACCAUCUCCUAUUUGACAAGGAUGGAGACGUUGGCAGGACGAUAUCAGUUUGUGAUGUGCUACUGGAUUCAAAUCAACGACCCCUAACCGCCACUGUAGAAUUCGAAUUGAGCUACAUGAGACCUGAAGAAUGUCCAACUUUUUGUGCCACCGCAGGAACGAGUGGUUCAGCUUUGUAUGGAGGUUUAGAUGAUGACCGACAAAUGCUGAUGGAUAUCGAACAAAAUAUUGCCAAUUUGGAGAGAAGUCUUAUUCAUAAAAAUCCAGGAAGCAUUAAGGAAAAAUCGUCAAAUAAAUCAGGAUAUACUCGUUUGCUUCGUCGAGGUGUUUCUCUCAAUAGUGCAACAUUACCAGAUGCAGUCGACGAACCUGCAACCGCCUUCAAAAAAAAAUCUUCUGGCCUCCGAGCAAUGCGUGGUCUAAUUCGAGGUUUGGGUAAACAACGUCCUAGUAUGGGUGGCACCAGUAGUGAUGAAGAAAGUCAACAACAAUUAAUGGCAGAUGAACCAACAAAUGCUAAUAUUUCAUCAGGAGCUGCUACUGAUGAUCACAUUAGUAGUCGAGCUUCCUCGCAAAGUGACAAUGAGAGCAUUGGGUCACCUGGGGGACUAAGUUCUAGCAGAAGUAGAAGGUUACGAAUGGAAUCCAAUACAGCAACGACGGCAAGAUCUGCAGCCCUAAAAGCUCAGGAUUUUCAAGUUUGUGUAACCGUUAUCGAAGCCAGACAACUUGCUGGACUUAACAUGGAUCCUGUUGUAUGCGUACAAGUUGGUGAUCACAAAAAGUACACCAGUGUCAAAGAAAGCACCAAUUGCCCUUAUUAUAACGAGUACUUCGUUUUCGAUUUUCAUAUGCCUCCAGUUAUGCUGUUUGAUAAAAUUAUCACUUUAUCGGUAUUGCAGACACGAAGCUUCCUACGUGCGAACAGAUUACUCGGAAGUUUCAAAUUAGACGUGGCUACCAUAUGGUCACAGCCAGAUCAUCAAUUUUAUCACAAAUGGGCCCUUCUGACAGAUCCGGAUGAUAUAGCUGGAGGGCCUAAAGGGUACCUAAAAUGUGACGUCAGUAUUAUUGGAAAAGGCGACUCGGUUAAAGUUCCUCCAAAAAGCGACAAGGAAGAUGACGAUAUUGAAGCGAAUCUGCUGUUACCAGAUGGUGUUCCAGUGGACAGACAAAGAGCUCGGUUUAUAGUUCGUGUAUACAGGGCGGACGGAUUGCCAAAAAUGAAUUCUUCAGUCAUUGCUAAUAUGAAAAGGGCCUUAACUGGUGAACAGAGGGACCUGGUUGACCCUUAUGUACAGAUCUCGUUUGCUGGACAAACGGGUAAGACAAGUGUAAAGAAAAAUAGUUAUGCUCCAGUAUGGAACGAACAAUUGGUAUUUUCCGAAAUGUUUCCUCCCUUAUGUCAAAGAAUCAAAAUUCAACUCAGAGAUGCAGAUCCUCUAAAACCAGCAGUAAUUGGCACACAUUUUGUAGAUUUGAAAGCCAUUUCCAACGAUGGAGAUAAAGGCUUUUUGCCUACAUUCGGACCAGCCUUUAUUCAUGUCUAUGGUUCCACAAGGGACUAUAGUCUCAUAGACCAACAUUCAGGUCUUAAUACUGGAUUAGGAGAAGGUGUCUCUUAUAGAGCCAGAUUAUUGAUAGCAAUUCGCACGGAAAUAACCGACAACAUGGAUAUGGCUCCAGCUGAAGUCGAAUUGGAGCCAACGUAUCCUAUCACAGAAACAUCUUAUGGAAGCUGUGAAGAAUUUUUUCUAUUUUCCACUAUUUUGGACGCAUCUAUGAUGGACCGAAGAUUAGGAGACAAACCUGUAUUUUUCGAAUUGAGUAUAGGAAAUGCUGGAAACGCCAUCGAUGGUCAUAAUGAAUCUUCUAAGGAAAAUUAUUCGAGCGAAACUGACGAACUAGAAAGUGUGGUGGUCGAAAGUGCAUCUUGGCAAAGUACGACCCCACCUUGUAAACCGAUGACCCACGAUAGAACCUAUUACUUUUUACCUUACUGGGAUAAUAAACCUUGCAUGCAUGUUAGAUCAACUUGGCCAGACUACAGGAGAAGAAUGUACAACUCCAAUAUGAUUGCCAGACUUGCAGACAAAUUGGAAGAGGGUUUGAACGAAGCCCAGCAGAUAAUGGAAUUUGAAAGUUCAGGAGCUGAAGCAAAACUUCGAGAAGUUUUAGAGCAGUUAGCGUCAGGUUGUGCAAAAUAUGUGACAAUCAGCAGAAGUUCAAGUACUGGGCCAGGCACUGGAAAGACUAAAUUGGACAAGGAGAGGAUGAAGCUAUGCCAACGUGAGAUUGAAAGCAUUGGAAAUCUAUCCCGAAACCUCCGGGCAUUGGUGACAAAAAAUUCUUUAAAAGAACGAUUCAAAACUGCUCAAUCAUAUUUGCAGAAGAUGAAGUUUCUAAUAGAAGACCCUCAACAUGCUCUGCCCGAUGUUUUUAUUUGGGUAAUCAGCGGUGGCAAACGUGUUGCUUACCAAAGAAUAUCAGCUCGUGAUAUCAUUUAUUCAAUUGUGGAAGAAGAGUGUGGUUCUCAGUGCGGAAAAGUUCAGACAAUAUUUCUUAAGUUGCCGGGUAAAAAAGGUAUGGGACCAAGUGGCUGGACAAUACAAACAAAACUCCAAAUUUAUUUAUGGUUAGGAAUGCUAAAACAUAAGAAGGCUUUCGUCGAUGGAAUACCUAAGGGUUACGAAUUAUCACAUGAAAUUCGCAAUGCAGAAAGACCUCGUGCUUUACCACCUUCGACAAUCCAUUAUGUUCAUAAAUAUGUUUUCCAAUUAAGAGCGCAUAUUUACCAAGCCCGAUCCCUGAUUGGUUCAGAUGCUUCAGGAUUAUCAGAUCCAUUCGCUCGGAUAAUUGUUGGAGAAUUUUGUAAAACCACCCAAGUCAUAGACGAAACCCUAAGUCCAACCUGGGAUGAGCUACUAAUAUUUGAUGACAUUCUGUUAUACGGGACCAGAGAUGAGAUCCAAAAGGAUCCUAUCACCAUCGUCAUCGAAAUAUUUGAUCAGGACAAAGUUGGAAAAUCUGAAUUUAUUGGGAGAACUCUUGCAAAACCUCAUGUAAAAUUAGCAGAAGACCCUUACUGCAAGCCUAAAUUUCCACCGUCUUUAGAUUGGUACGAAAUUACCAGAGGUCCUGACAGAGCUGGUGAAUUAUUGGCAACAUUUGAACUGUUGGAAGUUACCAAUUGCGGAAGUGAAAAUGUUAUAUUACCUGCACUGCCUUCACCGAAACAUAAUGAGAUGUUGUCUCAUCUGGAAGAUGUUUGUCAUAUUUUACCUGUUCCAAAAGGCAUUCGUCCUACAUUAGCCAAAUACCGUAUCGAAGUAUUAUUUUGGGGUCUUAGAGAUUUAAAACGUAUUCAUUUACUAACCGUGGAUAGACCACGUGUUGAUAUUGAAUGUGCAGGUAAUAUUCUCAGCUCUUCUGUGAUACAAAACGCUAAAAGAAAUCCAAAUUUCAGUAAUCCUGUCAAAUUUAUGGAAAUUGAGUUGCCAGAACAAGAAUUAUAUAGACCUCCCCUGACUGUGCGCGUUGUGGAUUGUAGAAGUUUUGGUAGAUAUACAUUGGUUGGAACGCAUAUGAUAAAUUCUAUUCAUAAAUAUAUGUAUCAACCUAUGUUAAGGCAAGAAUCUUUAGAACGCAAAGAAGAAAAUUCUGCUAAACACAACUCAAUACUUUCAAAUAAUAGCACAAAUGUAGUAAAUUAUAGUAAUAGAGAAAAUAGCCCCUUACUUCCUAGAAAUACAACAAUUUCCAUAGGAUAUGGUACUAGUGAACAAGAACCCGUAUCUAAACGAGAAAUGAAAUAUCAAUCAAGCAAAAAACGUCGUCAAAGUACACCUGAUGCUGAAGCCAACGAUGAUGAGAGUAGUAAAGACUGGUGGACCAAAUAUUUUGCAUCUUAUGAAGCAAUGAUCGAAGAAACCAAGAUGGCAAAGAAGAACCGAAAUCUCCAGCAACCAAAUGGAUCUGUACAAACGUACUAUAAUGAUUGGCAUGAACCUCAAAUUACAGCUACCAAAAGUGGUGCUCAAGAACCAGUAGAAGGUAAACGAAAACUUGGUCUAAAAGGAGCAGCCACUGCUGCUAAAUUUGUCGCAAAAUUAAGUCCAAGAAGUGUUAGAAGAAAACAUAAAAAUAUGACUGCAUUGUUUAAGAUCUAUCCGAAUGAAUUAGAAAAUCAGCCCGAGUACAAUGGAUUUAAAGAAUGGCUCUUGACAUUUGAUCUUUACCGUGGCAAGAAAACUGGUGAUGAUUCAGAAGAUGAGAACAGAGUUGUUGGCACAUUUAAAGGUGCUCUAAAAGCUUACAAAUGGCCUUUACCUCGAGACGUAGUCGAUCAUACAGUAAUGGGGUUUGACCCACAGUUUGGAUUUUUUCAAGGAUUACCUUCAAAUGACCCUAUCCAUGUGCUUGUCCGUGUGUAUAUAGUCAAAGCUAAUGAUUUGCAUCCUAUGGAUAUGAAUGGAAAAGCUGAUCCAUAUAUAGUUCUUCAAUUAGGUUCAAAAAGAUUAAGCGAUAAGGAUAAUUACAUAUCAAAACAAUUGAAUCCAGUAUUUGGAAAAUGUUUCGAAAUUGAAGCAACUUUUCCUCAAGACUCCAUGUUGACGGUUCAGAUCUUAGACUGGGAUUUGGUGGGAUCGGAUGAAAUGAUUGGAGAAACAAGGAUUGAUCUAGAAAAUAGAUUUUACAGUAGACAUCAUGCUACUUGCGGUAUACCCAGGAAAUAUGAAGAUACUGGUUAUAAUAGAUGGCGAGAUCCGAUGAAACCAACACAGAUUUUGGCUCGUCUCUGCAAAGAAGGCAAAAUGGAACUUCCUGUUUACGGCCCUAACAGUGUACGUAUUGGAAAACACACAUUUACUCUAUCCGCUGAAGACAAUAAUACUGUUCAACAUCACGGAAAAUCAUUUGAGGAACAUUUGGCAUUGGCAGUUCUUCACAGAUGGCAAGAAUUUCCUAGAAUAGGUUGUCAGAUGGUUCCAGAACAUAUAGAAACCAGAGCUUUGUACAAUCCAGACAAACCUGGUAUAGAACAAGGCAAGAUAGAAAUGUGGGUUGAAAUGUUUCCAAUGGAUAUGCCCUUGCCAGGACCUCCUGUGGAUAUUUCACCUAGAAAACCUCGUUCGUUUGAACUUCGAGUCAUCAUAUGGAAUACUGAUGAUGUUGUUUUAGAAGAUGAUGCUUUCUUUACUGGAGAAAAAAUGUCAGAUAUAUAUGUUAAAGGGUGGCUUAAAGGACCAGAAGAUUGCCAAUGUACAGAUAUUCACUAUCGUUCUUUAACUGGUGAAGGCAACUUCAACUGGAGAUUUAUUUAUCCAUUCGAUUAUCUUGUUGCUGAAGAGCGAAUUGUAAUAACUCGGAAAGAAUCUGUGUUUUCAUGGGACGAAACAGAAGUGAAGAUUCCAGCAAGACUAGAGUUACAAGUAUGGGAUGCUGACCACUUCUCUGCAGAUGAUUUUUUAGGGGCUAUAACAUUAGAUUUGAAUAGAUUUCCUCGUGGGGCCAAAUCAUCAAAAUUAUGCAGUUUAGACAUGUUGGACAAUGGAGAUAAUUCUGUACCUUUAGUAAAUAUUUUUAAACAAAGACGAAUCAAGGGUUGGUGGCCCUUCUAUGUUAAAAAGGAGAACGAGCAAAUGGAAUUGACUGGAAAAGUCGAGGCUGAAUUUCAUUUGCUUACAAAAGAAGAAGCUGAAAAGAACCCUGCUGGACAUGGGCGAAAUGAACCAGAUCCACUUGACAAACCAAACCGACCAGAUGCAUCUUUUGUUUGGCUACUGAAUCCUUUAAAAUCUAUACGAUAUAUAGUUUGGCACAAUUAUAAAUGGAAAAUAGUUAAAGUUCUUGGUGUCUUGGCACUGGCUACAGUUAUUUUACUAUUUUUCUAUGCUGUUCCUGGAUAUACUGUUAAGAAAAUGAUCGGUGCUUAG